UCUGCCAACCCCACACCAACCUUGAAAGGGGGAUUGGAUUUUUAUGGGUUCUUGGUUUGAACGACGGAUGGGAUGCGUUGAAUAGUAGUAAUAAAUGAAUGAAUUCAUGGGUUCAAGAAAGAUUGGAUGCAGCAGUAACUAUGAUUACUCGUUCAAGGUGUUGCUGAUUGGUGACUCGGGUGUGGGCAAGAGCAGUCUUUUGCUCAGCUUCAUCUCCAACUGUCAGCAGUUUCCACUAGAUAUCUCCCCCACUAUUGGAGUAGACUUCAAGAUAAAGCUACUAACCACUGCUGGAAAAAGACUGAAACUAACGAUUUGGGAUACAGCUGGGCAGGAAAGGUUCGGAACAUUGAUAAGUUCAUAUUACAGAGGAGCACAUGGAAUCAUCCUUGUUUAUGAUGUAACAAGACGAGAGACCUUUACCAGUCUAUCCAAGACAUGGACAAAGGAACUAGAGCUUUACUGUAACAAUCCAGAUUGUAUCAAGAUACUAGUCGGCAACAAAGUUGAUAGGGAAAGUGAGAGGGCUGUCACCACAGAGGAGGGAUUGGCUCUCGCUCUGGAGCACAAAUGUCUAUUUCUUGAAUGCAGCGCUAAGACUCAAGCAAAUGUAAACCAAUGUUUUAAGGAGCUGACUAAGAAGAUGCUGGAGGUACCUAGUCUGCUGGAGAAAGGAUCCACGCCCGUAAAGAACCAAAUCUUAAAGCAAAAGCAAGUUUGCCAGGCACGCCGUAAGGACAGUUGCUGUUCUUAGUCAGAAAAUGAGCAUCGGAUGUAUUAGUACAUAUAUUUCCUCGGGUUCUUGCAGGUCGGUGGAGGUCAAAUACUGCACGACGAUGCCUCUGAUGGAGGGAAUGAAGAUUUGUUAUCCUCUAUUUCUUUCCAUAUGUAAAUUUCAUUUCUUGUUUUGCUGAAUUCUUUGAUCUUUGUUCACUUUUGAUCAUGUAAGAUAUGUGAACUGACAAGUUUUAUGUAAGCACAGUUACAUAGAGAGAUAAUAUACUUGAUUGCAUGCGACA